AUGAGCCUUUUUCAACGGCAUGAAGGCCACAACGAGGUCUCCAAAGAUAAAUACUGGUCAUUUGGCUACUCAUUCGAAACAUUGACCAAAGAACAAAAGCACCAACGGCGAGAGCUUCUCGAGUUGUACGGCUUCAUCGCUCAAUGGUCCGUUCUGGUCAUCUUUGCACUGUUUCAGGUCUCGUUCUUCCUAGGCUGGCUGGUGAGGAGCGGGUUGAAACAUGAUGCUGCUCCGAAGUCGCCAUCGUUCGACAAACAUCCAGACGGAAAGCGAGGGUGGCUAAGAACGAUUCACAGCGGCUGCAAUACGAUAACGUGGUGGUCACGAAAAGAUGUGAUUCGGGGCUGGGGUACGAGAGGAGAGUGGAUUGGCGCGAGUGUUUGGACGAUCUGGUUGCUCUAUCUUUGCGUCGCUCGCACUGGCAAAGACUACCUCCACCUCACCAAACGGUUUGGGCAGAUCGGUGCUUCGCAGCUACCAGUGCAUUAUCUGCUCGCUAUGAGAGCACCAUACUCGCCAGUCCAAUGGCUUACGCGACUGUCUCACGAAGAACUCAAAGCCGCGCAUCAAAUUCUCGGUCGCAUAACCUUUUUCCUCUUCAUUCUCCAUGGCGUGUUCUAUUUCGUUUUCUUCGUCAUGUCUGGUGUCCUAGCGAAACGCAUAAAAGACUGGGACGUUAUUUGGGGAACAACCAGUCUCGUCUUGUUCGCUGCCAUCAGCACGACCGCUUUGAGUUUCAUCAGGAGACGCAACUACCGAGUCUUCUACAUCUCUCACAUCGCCAUCGCAAACUUUAUCAUUGUUCCGCUAUACCUCCACGUUUCUCAUAUACGGGUAUAUGUCUGGCAGGUUAUUGCAGUGGAAGCCCUGCACCUCAUAUUCCGCGCCGUGCGUCUUCAGAUGUACCAAGGCACCAUUAGGCUUCUUCCUGGUACAAACCUUGUCCAGAUCCGCAUCCCGCUACCACCAAAGAGCUCGACGCUGAACUGGAAGCCUGGGCAGCACGUGUACCUGAGUCGGCCUUGGGCUGGAGCAAAGGUUCCAUCCUAUUACGAUCAAUGGGUUAUGACCAAUAAAACCAACCCCUUCACAAUAGCAUCAAUCCCGGCCAAAGACAAGGAACUCCUACUGAUUGCCAGAACGCUUAACGGCAACACAAAGUACCUCGGAGACCUAGCCCGUUCACUCGCACAAGGCGGUAGCAAUGUGCCUAUGCUACCUACUGCUGGUGGCGACAUACCAAUUCUCCCUAUUGUCCUCGAAGGACCGUACGGCGCCUCAACCCGCUUACCAGACCUUUCGGAAUAUGACAAAGUGCUUUUCGUGGCUGGUGGAGUUGGUGCUACGUUCGUCAUCCCGAUCUAUCGGAGUAUUUUAGAAUCUCAAAACCCGAUCCCAGCAGGCACCCGGAUCCGGUGCAUAUGGGCUGUACAGAAACUCGCCGACACGCAGUGGGCGUUUCCCGAAAUUUCUUCUCCUGGGGGUGAUGCAGCAGGCGACGUAGAAGUCAAUGAAGAUGAAAAUGGAAACGAAGAAAGUUUGUUACGCAUCUCCGCCAACGUGGAGGUUUAUGUCACACGACCCUCAGGGCCGAGUCUCCAAAUUGACCGAACCUUUGCUGUGGACCCGGAUGCCGAUGAUGAGGCAGAGGAGUUUGAGAUGGCGGAGAAUGAGCAAUUGUUGAGUAUGGAGGAGCAGAUGGAGAAGCCGAGGAAGGGAAUGGUGGUUAAGAGCGGGAGGCCCAAGAUGAAAGAAGUCGUCGACGAGGUGUUUAGUAAGGGCACGAGGACUGCAGUUGUUUGCUGCGGGCCGAAGAGACUGACUGAGGACUUGAAGAGGAGUGUCGAGGUUUGGGUGAAGAAGGGACAUGAUGUGUUUUGGUAUGAUGAAACGUUUGGAUGGUGA